UCAGCCCCAAAUUAAGCGGCGGAGCGGGGCCGCGAGCGGCGAGGCUGGCAGCCCCCUUCCCCAGCCCCUUCGCCCCGAAACCUCGUCGUCCACCUCCCGCCCCCAGGGCGACCGGCAGCCCCCCGCCCCCCGCCCCGGCGAGCCGGCCGAGGCCAGGGCGCCCUUGGGCCCCCGGCGAGCCGGGCUCCCUGGGGGCUGUCCCGUCCCGUCCCAUCCCGUCCCGUCCUGUCCGGCGGGGGACGGAGGCGGUGGGAGCCGUCGGCCCUGGCCCGCAGCGCGUCGGGGGGCGUUUUUGAUUUUCUGCCUCGCGAGGGGGCUUUUACCAUCCUCCUACUGACGCAAAGGGGCUCCGGAGGCCUGCGCUGGCUGGGAUAUUUUUUUUUCUUUCUUUUUUUUCCCCUCCUCCAGCUCUUGAUUUGAAAGGCCGUGUCGCCGACGCUGCCCAUCUCCUCCCACCGCCGGGUGCUAACGGGAGCCGGACUCACCCGCAGCGGGAUCACCCGAGCCCACCCCUUCCUCCCCGGCCCCGCCAGGACGCGCGGCCGCCGCGGCGGAGGGAAGCCGCCGGUGAAAAGCCGCGGGGCGGAUUUUGCCUUUUCGCUCCGCCGGGGCUGGCGCCCUCAUGCGUGACACAGCCCCGGCUCUGCGGCUCCGCCGAGCGAUGGCCACGCGCUGAAGAUGUCCGCGUCCAGGCUCAACGGCGUCAAUGGGUUUCUGGAGGAGGGCAGGAUGGAGGCGGGUGACAUGGGCAGGAUCCUCCGCUGCCUGGAGAUGGGCACCGUCCUCACCUUGUUCUACCAGAAGAAGUCGCAGCGGCCGGAGCGAAGGACCUUCCAGGUGAAGCUGGAGACCCGGCAGAUCAUCUGGAGCCGCACGCCCGAGAAGGUGGAGGGCGACAUUGACAUUCGGGAGAUAAAGGAGAUCCGCCUGGGGAAGAACUCACGAGACUUUGAACGCUACCCAGAGGAUGCUCGCAAGCUCGACUUCACCAUGUGCUUCAUCAUCCUCUAUGGGAUGGACUUCAGGCUGCGGACACUCAGCGUGGCUGCUUUCUGUGAGGAAGACAUCAACCUGUGGAUAACUGGCCUCAAUUGGCUGGUGGCAGAUACCCAGAAAGCCCAGACUCCGCUACAGAUUGAGAGGUGGCUGCGGAAACAGUUUGAUGCUAUGGACAGGUCGCGGGAAGGCAGCAUCACAGUGAAGGACUUGAAGGCCAUGCUACCCCAGGUGAACUACCGCGUGCCCAACAUGAGGUUCCUGCGGGACAAGCUCGUGGAGGUGGAAGCCAGGAGUGAGAUGACUUUCUCCCACUUCAUCCAGUUCUACAAAAACCUGAUGUUCGACAUGCAGAAGUCGGUUAUCGAGCAGCUGGAGCUCUCCUUCCCUUGCAGGAACGUGGAUCGGCCAGAGUUGUGCCAGAUCUCUCUAUACGACUUCCAGAAGUUCCUGCUGCAUGACCAGAAGGAGUCCUGGGCCAGCGACGUGGGCAUGGUGCGGGACUACAUGUGCACCUACCUCAAGGACUGCUCCAGUGAGGCAGCAGACCCCUCCUUCCAGCUGGACGAGUUCCUUACGUACCUCUUCUCCAAGGAGAACAUGGUGAUGGACUCAAAAUAUGAGCGCGUGGUGCCAGAGGAGAUGAACCAUCCCCUCUCCCAGUACUGGAUCUCCUCCUCCCACAACACGUACCUGACAGGGGACCAGUUCUCCAGUGAGUCCUCCCUGGAAGCGUAUGCCCGCUGCCUCCGCAUGGGCUGCCGCUGCAUUGAGCUGGACUGCUGGGAUGGCCCGGAUGACCUGCCCAUCAUCUAUCAUGGCCACACACUCACUUCCAAGAUCAAGUUCCUGGAUGUCCUGCACACCAUCAAGGAGCAUGCGUUCGUCACCUCCGAGUUCCCCAUCAUUCUCUCCAUCGAAGACCACUGCAGCAUCGUCCAGCAGAGGAACAUGGCCUCCCACUUCAAGAAGGUCUUUGGGGACAUGUUGCUCACCAAGCCAGUGGACAUCAACGCUGAUGAGCUGCCAUCACCCACACAGCUCAAGAAGAAGAUCCUUAUCAAGCACAAGAAACUGGUUGAAGGGAAUCUGUACGAGGAGGUCUCCACAGCCAGCUACUCCGAGAACGACAUCAGUAACUCCAUCAAAAAUGGCAUCCUCUACCUUGAAGACCCUAUUGAUCAUACCUGGAGCCCACAUUAUUUCGUCCUGACGAGCAACAAGAUCUAUUACUCGGAGGAGACAUCCCGCUACCAGUUCAAUGAGGACGAGGAAGAGGUGGAACAGAAGGAGGAGUUCAACAACAACGAGCUGCACUUCACAGAGAAGUGGUUCCACGGGAAGCUGGGAGGAGGCCGUGACGGGCGACAGAUCGCAGAGAAACUGCUGCACGAGUACUGCACUGAGACAGGUGGCAAGGAUGGCACCUUCCUCGUGCGGGAGAGCGAGACCUUCGUCGGUGACUACACCCUCUCCUUCUGGAGAUCCAACCGUGUCCAGCACUGCCGGAUCCACUCGCGGCAGGAGGCCGGCACCACCAAAUUCUACCUGACAGACAACCUGGUCUUCGACAGCCUCUACAGCCUCAUCUGCCACUACCGGGAGGUGCCACUCCGCUGCAACGAGUUCGAGAUGCGCCUCACCGACCCUGUGCCCCAGCCCAAUGCCCACGAGAGCAAAGAGUGGUACCACGCCAACCUGACACGCCUGCAGGCCGAGCACAUGCUGAUGAGGGUCCCACGGGAUGGAGCCUUCCUGGUGCGCAAGCGCAGCGAACCCAACUCUUAUGCCAUCUCCUUCCGGGCAGAGGGGAAGAUCAAGCACUGCCGCAUCCAGCAGGAAGGUCGGCUCUUCAUGCUGGGCAGCUCGGCUGAGUUCGAGAGCCUCGUGGACCUUGUGAGCUACUACGAGAAGCACCCACUCUACCGGAAGAUGAAGCUGCGCUACCCUAUCAAUGAGGAGACCCUGGAGAAGAUGGGCACCACUGAGCUGGACUACGGAGCCCUGUAUGAGGUGCGGACACCUCACUUCUACGUGGAGGCCAACAAGAUGCCAAUGGCCAGGUGCACAGUGAAGGCCCUCUAUGACUACAAAGCCCAGCGGGAGGAUGAGCUGUCAUUUUGCAAGCAGGCCAUCAUCCACAAUGUGGACAAGCAGGAUGGUGGCUGGUGGCGGGGGGACUAUGGAGGCAAGAAGCAGCUGUGGUUCCCAGCCAACUAUGUGGAAGAGAUCGUGAACACGCAGGCGCAGGAGCAGGAUGAAGCUUCAUCAGAAAACAGCCCCCUGGGGAACUUCCUGAAGGGCUUCAUCGAUGUGCCAUCCUGCCACGUAGUUAUCUGCAAAGACGGGAGGAGCUCCAAACCAUUUGUCUUCACCAUCCAUUCCCAGCAGAUGUCCCACGCAGCCCAGUCACUGGACGUGGCCGCAGACACGCAGGAGGAGCUCAGCGAGUGGGUGGCCAAGAUCCGGGAGGCCACGCAGAACGCCGAUGCCAGGAUGCAAGAGGGGAAGAUCAUGGAGCGGAGGAAGAAGAUUGCGCUGGAGCUCUCCGAGCUCGUUGUUUAUUGCCGUCCAGUGCCGUUCGAUGAAGACAAGAUUGGCACAGACAAGGCGUGCUACCGGGACAUGUCCUCCUUCCCGGAGACCAAAGCCGAGAAGUACGCCAACCGAAGCAAGGGCAAGAAGUUCCUGCAGUACAACCGGCGCCAACUCAGUCGCAUCUACCCCAAAGGCCAGCGCUUGGAUUCCUCCAACUACGAUCCGCUGCCUAUGUGGAUCUGUGGCAGCCAGCUUGUGGCUCUCAACUUCCAGACCCCCGACAAGCCGAUGCAGCUGAACCAGGCGCUGUUCAUGCUCGGAGGCCGCAGCGGCUACGUCCUGCAGCCCGACAUCAUGAGGGAUGAGACGUUUGACCCCUUCGACAAGAACAGCCUGAAGAUUGUGGAGCCCAUUACAGUGCAGCUGCAGAUCCUCGGCGCCCGGCACCUGCCCAAGAAUGGGAGGAGCAUCGUGUGUCCCUUCGUGGAGGUGGAGGUGUGUGGCUCCGAGUACGACAACAGCAAGAACAAAACGGAUGUUGUAGCUGACAACGGUUUCAACCCCGUGUGGCUCUUCAAGCAGUUUGUCUUCGACAUCAACAACCCUGAGUUCGCCUUCCUCCGCUUCGUGGUGUAUGAGGAGGACAUGUUCAGCGACCCCAACUUUUUAGCACAAGCCACCUUUCCUGUCAAGGGCCUCAAAACAGGUUAUCGGUCGGUGCCGCUUAAGAACAGCUACACAGAGGACCUGGAGCUGGCCGCUCUCCUCAUCCAUAUUGAGAUCAUCAAUGCCAAGGAGGAAGAUGAGGAGAACCUGUACUCAUCCAUUCAGCAGCUGCGUGAUCGCGCCAGCGAGCUCUCCAGCCAGGUCUCCAGCUACGAGCGCACCAACAACUGUGACUCCCGCUACCAGCAGCGCCUCGACGAGCUGCGGGCGGCCCAGGAGCGUCUCAUGGAGCUCACGGAAGUGCGCAACCGCAAGCUGAUGGAGAAGAAGAAGAGGGAUCGGCAGAUGGUCAGCAAGCGCAACUGAGCCAGCUGGGGCUCUCCAGGCCCCAUGGCCGGGGAGUCUUGCCUGCAUGAGCCCUGGCCGGUGCCACCAGCUGGCUGUGGACAUAUCCUUGCCUGUCGCCCGCAUCCCUCCUACACUCAGAGCUGGUGCGGGCCAGGACUCAGCCCACAGGGACAGCCCCCUGCCACCUCCUCUCCUGCCACAAAGGGAUGGCGGGAGGGUGGGAUGGCCAGACCUGGUGCCCCCUGAGCAGCACUCGUGCCAGCCCGGCUCCAGCCACCGUCGACACGACCCGGUGCUCAAGGGUGCCAGCACCGCUAGGUCCUGGGGAUGGACGGUACCAGCAAAGGCUGGUCAAAAGUCUCCAGUCUGGGGAGAAGAGGGGUCUUUGCGUAGGUCUAUGAUGUUUCUCCAUCACCGCACCAGGCAGGGAUGGAGGCACAGCAGCGAGGCAGGAGGAGGGAAGCUCUGUUUCGGCCCCGUGUAACUCCCUGCCUCCUCUCGCCUCGCUCCCCGGAAGGGCUUGGGCCGCAGCACCCAGGGGUGCGGCUGCAGCUCGGCGCUCCCGCAGGGCCAGGAGGGAUGUUGGCCAUUGUCCCUGCACGCGGGAGCUGCCUGGGGCAGACACAGACACAGCGAGGGCUCGAGGGCUGCCCGAGCAAGCGCGGGGCGAUGGCAGCGGCAUGCCCAGCCCUAACUUCCCAGCACCGCAGGCUGGGGCAGCUUCCCUCAGAAGCGGGGUGUGAUACCAGCCCCCCAACCUGCUGGAGAAACUGAGACACAGAAAAGGUCUCCUGGUGCAAAACUGGCCCAGGAAGAAGCAGGACCAGCCACCCCACGUCCUGCACCCUCCCUCCCUGCCUGGACUCAUCCUGCACCCUUGGGCUCGACCUGCACCGUCCUCCCCACCACGGGCCAGGGUUGAGGAUGGGAGAAGGGGCACCACUCGCUCCGAGCCCCCAGUCCCACUGGGACAGAGACGCGGGGGAUGGCAUGGCUCGGGGGGUCCCAGUGGGGAGGGGAGCAUCCCACCCCACAGAGCUGGGCAGGGCUCCCGCUAUAAAUACCUGUAUUUUCUUCUUCUAUUCAGUGUGUACAUAUGGCGCAGGGAGGGGUCUGUUACCAGCCACAGUAUUGAGGCACGGGGGAACCCCAAAAUGUCCUGAGGUGCCCCCGGUCAAACAGCAAGGGAGUGGGGACAGGGGCACCCUGCGGGGAGGGUGCCAGGAGACAGGGUGCGGGGCAAACGCGGGCGAUGAGGCAGCCCCCAUCUCCUGGGGCCUGGAGGCCGAGGGACGGGGACGUCCCUGAGGUCACGUCCCGGGGCAGCAGCAGAGCCCCGGGAAUUUCUCCGGAGGGAGGCCCGUGCCCCCCAGCCAAGGUCCCUGCUGCUGGCAAUCGUCCCCACUGGGGAAGUCACAUCCGGCUGGACACCAGCCUGGGUCCCUGGCGCUCCAAGACUUCUAGGAGGGACCCAAGGUGUCUCCAUGGGCCGGAUCCAGUCCAGGGAUAACCAUUAAAGCGAGCAGAGCUUGUGCCGCUUAUCCCCGGGCUGAGCUUGCACCUUGGGGUGCUGCAGGCACCUGGGCGAGAGGGCAACGACAAGGUGGGCCGGUGGCAUCUCGGGGUGUCCUCGAGGGGAGGGCACCCUGUCAGAGGGUCUGUGUAUUCUUUGUAUGAAAAUAAAUCUAUUUAGCCAAUAUUUA